AUGUUUUGUCUUUUCGGCAGAACUGGAGCCAAAUCGUUCAGACUCGCUCGUUGCAUUAGACCCAUUCAUUCUGGGAGAGGAAUCUCGAGACUGGGAUGUUUUCCGUGUUCUUCGGUUGUUUGGGAUCGUGUAACAGCCUACUCUUCUUUUCUAUCGACUGCAACUCAGAGGAGAUUCAUAGGAUCGAAUCAUGAGCAGUACAUGAAGAUUGAGUAUGUUUUGGAGAAAAAGGAAAGGAACGACAAAGUGGUCCAGCUGAACCACUUUUCGGUUGCUCUGGUUGGACGAACCAACGUCGGGAAGUCUACUUUGUUCAAUCGACUCGUGGGCAGACGCGAUGCACUGGUGAGCAAAGAAGCUGGAACAACGCGUGAUCGUCGUGAGGGAAAAGGGCAUAUCUCGGGUCUGGAGUUUACUCUGAUCGACACCGGAGGGUAUGUUCCUGAAAACAAAAACAUCAGCCUAAUCGAGCAGCAAAUCAACAAACAAACGGAAUACGCCGUGGAAAAAGCGGAUGUUCUGUUCUUCCUCCUCGACGGCAAGGUCGGGGUGACGAACGAAGACCGCGCCAUCGCCUCGUACCCGUUUCCGCUUUUUACCGAAGGCAUUUUCUCCCACACAGACGACAAUGGAAACUGCCCGCCCUGGGAAGAACUCAAAUCUGAAGUGUACCAGCUGGGUCUGGGCGAGCCUGUGGGCGUUUCCGCGGAGCACGGCGAGGGCUUGCUGGAUCUGUUCGAAGUGCUGCAGCCGUUCGGCGAUUUGAUCAAUCUGAACAAAGCCGCGGAGCGAGAGCGCUACGCGAAGAUUCUGGAGGCAAGGGAAGCGAAGGCGUCGCGGAGCCGGCAGGGAUAUCGCGUGCGAACGAACGUGGACAUGGUAGAAUCGAGCGAGCCGAGUAACGAAAAGAACACGCGCGAUCUGGAUGAUGAGAUCUUGCAGCUGACGAUUUUGGGCAUCCCAAACAGCGGGAAAUCGACGCUUCUCAACACUCUUUUGAAGACAGAUCGGUUCAUUACGGGGAGUAUUCCGGGACUCACACGCGACACGGUGAGCACGGAGAUCGAAUUCCACAAUCGACGUAUCCGCGUCGUCGACACGCCCGGAAUCCCCAAGGCCGACGGCGUUUUGCCGCCCUCUCUGAACUCGCUCAGCGUCUUCCACGCUCACAAACAACUCGACUAUUCGCACGUCGUCGCUCUUAUUUUGGACGGCAGUCGCCUCCUCACCAAACACGAUCUCGCUCUCGCGAAGGAGGUCCUCGAUAAGGGCCGCGGACUCUUCGUGAUUCUCAACAAAAGCGACGUGAUGCAGUCGCCCGCAGCCGCCAAAAAGCAGCUUGUCCAAUACAUGGAUCGAUUCGUGCCUCAGGCUGGACACGUUCCUUCGAUCGUCGUUUCGGCACUCUAUGGAAGGGGAACCGAUGCUGUCUUCCCGCUGGCGCUUGAUGUUUUUGACCGAUGGCGGACCCGCAUCUCGACAGGAAUUCUGAAUCGAUGGCUCGAUGCAAUUUCCUUCCGCCAUCCUCCUCCUCGAACGAAAUCGGGCAAGGAAGUGAAGUUGAAGUAUAUCACGCAGACAAAGGCGCGACCGCCAAGCUUUGUGUUGUUUUGCAAUGUGAAAGAACUGGAUGCAACCUAUUUGCGUUACUUGUGCUCCUGCCUGCGAGAAGAGUUCAAUCUGAACGGAGUGCCGGUCCGGAUUUUUGUGCGGGCUUCAGAGAAUCCUUACACAGUACGGAAUGGAGGGAUUUUGAAGAAUAGAAUCACGCAUCAGCAGCAGCGGCAGCAGCAAAGCGAAGGGGUAAUUCAUCUCACUAGUUGA